AUGGGUUCUUUCCUCGUCUUCCCUAUCCUCAAAGAGGACUUGGACACACGUGUCACCAGUCACAUUCACAUAGUCUCUUUGGAAACGACUAUCGAGAGAGUAUCGCGCAGAGGACAAACCCAGAAACUUCGACUCGGUAUCACGUUCAAGCACAUCAUAAUAUGA